GCGAGAAGCAGCGACUGCAGCAGCAGCAGCGUCCGCAGGAGCAGCAUCAGCAGCAACAACAAAAAAAAUCCUCAUCAAAUCCUCACCUAAGCGUUCAGUAUAUCCAGAUCCACAUCUUCACUCAAGCCGGGAGAGGGAAAGAGGAAAGGGGGGAGAAAAAAAAAAAAAAAAAAAAGCCAACAACUUAGCGGAAACUUCUCAGAGAAUGCUCCAAAACUCAGCAGUGCUGGUGGUGCUGGUGAUCAGUGCUUCCGCAACCCAUGAGGCGGAGCAGAAUGACUCUGUGAGCCCCAGGAAAUCCCGGGUGGCAGCUCAGAACUCAGCUGAAGUGGUUCGCUGCCUCAACAGUGCUCUGCAGGUUGGCUGUGGGGCUUUUGCAUGCCUGGAAAACUCCACCUGUGACACAGAUGGGAUGUAUGACAUCUGUAAAUCCUUCUUGUACAGCGCUGCUAAAUUUGACACUCAGGGAAAAGCAUUUGUCAAAGAGAGCUUAAAGUGCAUUGCCAACGGGGUCACCUCCAAGGUCUUCCUCGCCAUUCGGAGGUGUUCCACCUUCCAGAGGAUGAUUGCGGAGGUGCAGGAGGAGUGUUACAGCAAACUGAACGUGUGCAGCAUCGCUAAGCAGAACCCCGAAGCUAUCACUGAAGUUGUCCAGCUGCCUAAUCACUUCUCCAACAGAUACUACAACAGACUUGUCCGAAGCCUACUGGAAUGUGAUGAAGACACAGUCGGCACAAUCAGAGACAGUCUGAUGGAGAAAAUUGGGCCCAACAUGGCCAGCCUAUUCCACAUCCUGCAGACGGACCACUGUGCCCAAACACACUCGCGAGCUGACUUCAACAGGAGGCGCACCAGUGAGCCGCAGAAGCUGAAAGUCCUCCUCAGGAACCUCCGAGGUGAGGGGGACUCUCCCUCCCACAUCAAACGUACCUCCCGUGAGAGUGGUAACCAGGAAGAGGUAUUCACAAUCUCACCAAACUAGUAUCAUUUUAGGGGUGUGGACACACCAACUUUGAGUGUACUGUGCCUGGUUUGAUUUUUUAAAGUAGUCCCUAUUUUCUAUCCCCCUUAAAGAAAAUUGCAUGAAACUAGGCUUCUGUAAUCAAUAUCCCAACAUUCUGCAAAUGGCAGCCUUCCCACAAACAGAAUCUGUGUGAUCAUUCUGCCUCUCCUCAGGAGAAAGUAUCCUCUUUUAUCACCUUCCUCUAUCAUGUUUUUCCCCAGCUCCCCUUCCACCACCCUCAAACACAAAACAUUCAUGUAAUUCCUCAGCCAUUGUAAUUUGAAGAUGUGGAGCCCUUUAGAAUGGUUGCCCUAGUAGAGCUAGCUGAUAAGAAACUUUAUUUAAAUGCAUGUCUUAAAUGCUCAUAAAGAUGUUAAAUGGAAUUCGUGUUAUGAAUCUGUGCUGGCCAUGGACGAAUAUGAAUGUCAUGUUUGAAUUCUUGAUCUCUAGUGAGCUAGUGUCUUAUGGUCGUGUUCCUCCAAUGUCUGAUUUCCUUUCUGACACUUUUACCAAAUUGCUCAAGCCUGGCCCUCCCACCAGACUCUGAGCCUGCAUCUUCUUGCAUCUAAUGAAAAACAAAAAGCUAACAUCUUUAUGUACUGUAACUGCUCAGAGCUUUAAAAGUAUCUUUAACAAUUGUCUUAAAACCAGAGAAUCUUAAGGUCUAACUGUGGAAUAUAAAUAGCUGAAAACUAAUGUACUGUACAUAAAUUCCAGAGGACUCUGCUUAAACAAAGCAGUAUAUAAUAACUUUAUUGCAUAUAGAUUUAGUUUUGUAACUUAGCUUUAUUUUUCUUUUCCUGGGAAUGGAAUAACUAUCUCACUUCCAGAUAUCCACAUAAAUGCUCCUUGUGGCCUUUUUUAUAACUAUGGGGGUAGAAGUAGUUUUAACUCAACAUCAGAACUUAAGAUGGGCCUGUGCAAGAUAGGAAACACCAACAGGUUUAUGUGAGGGACCCCAGGUAAAUGUUAAUGUCCCAGCCCACCUCAACCCAGAGGCUACUCUUGACUUGGUCCUAUCCUGAAACAGCUCUAUCACAUCCAGCUGGGAAUUACAGGAACCGAAAGAGCAUCCUUUUGCACUUGGACCACUUACAGGUGAUAAGGCCCACUAUACCUUGGCAAGUGUGGUUCUUCACUUGCCACCUUAAUCAGUGCCUGGUGACGGGGUGGGAGACUUUCCAUUAAAUCAAUCAGGAAUGAGUCAAUCAGCCUUUGGGUCUUUAGUCCGGGGGACUUGGGGCUGAAGUAGUAUAAAUAACCCUGGGCUGUCCAGCCUUAAUAGACUCCUCUUACAUUUUUGUCCCGUAGCACGCUGCCUGCCAAAGUAGUCCUGGCAGCUGGACCAU